ACCAAGUGAGGAGAUGGUGAGUGAAGGAGCAGCUUUUAUACAAAUUGUGUCCCAUAAUAUCCACACCAAUCUUCAGGCAGUCUGACUAUCCUGUGGGCAAUCGGGGUGGAAAUGUCCAUUAUGCUGUGUGAGAAGAUCCAGCUGAGAGAGCUGUUUACUCGAAGGAUCGCAACGUAGUACACCAGAGAAUACAGACAGGAUAGAAGCUACAGAUAGAUGCUGACCAUCAUCCAAGGAACAACUGCACACCUGUGGGAAGACACCCAGUCCUUUCACAGCAUUGCCCAACACAGAAAAGGCUGGGCAAUGAAACCAUCAUCUGGAAAUCAGUUGGGACAGGGGGACUUUGAUGCAUCAUCAGAUCUGAAACUAGUCAGUGGUGUGAGUCAUUGAGUCUUCCAUCAGAACCAACCUUUCUGAAGGUUCAGCUAUGGGUAAUCAGUCAGGGUGAGGCCAGGAAGAAAUGUGAGUGGGCUCCAAGUGUGGUGAAAGCUUAAAUCAUUCAUCGAGCCUCAUGAAUCACUGACUCAUUCCCACAGGUGAGAGGCUGUUCAAGUGUGAGGUAUGUAAGGAGGAUUCUACAGGCUCAUCAGAUCUCCAAACAGACAAGCUGCAUCAUACAAGGACAGCAACAUGGAAGGGAAACCAUUUAAGUGUGAGGUGUGUGACAAAUCGUUCUCACAUUCGUCUUACUUUCGUAUACAUCAACGCAUUCACACAGGGGAGAAACCAUUUGAGUGUGGGGAGUGCAAAAAAUCAUUUGUUCAGUCAUCAUAUCUCCGCAGACACCAACGCAUUCACACUGGGGAGAAGCCAUUUACGUGUGAGGUGUGUAACAGAGGAUUCACAGAACUAUCGAGCCUCGUGAAUCACCGACGUAUUCACACAGGAGAGAAACCAUUCAUGUGUGAGGUGUGUGACAAAUCAUUCUCAAGGUUAUCAAAUCUUCUUGCACACCAGCGCAUUCAUACAGGGGAGAAACCGUUCAAGUGUGAGGUGUGUAACAGAGGAUUCACAGAACUAUCAAGCCUCAUGAAUCACCGACGUAUUCACACGGGAGAGAAGCCAUUCACUUGCGAGGUGUGUGAUAAAUCAUUCUCGACAUCAUCAAACUUCCUUGCACACCAACGAACUCAUACAGGGGAGAAACCAUUCAAGUGUGAGAUUUGUGAUCAAGCUUUUGUGAAGGCUUCGAAUCUUCUGAUUCACCAGAGGAUUCACACAGGGGAGAGACCUUUCAAGUGCGAGGUUUGUAACCAAUCCUUUUUGAAGUCUGGGAACCUUCGUGUCCACCAACGCAUGCACACCGGGGAAAGACCAUUCAAGUGUAAGGUGUGUAACAGAGACUUUGCACAGUCAUCAGCUCUUGUGGGUCACUACCGCCUUCACACAGGUGAGAAACCAUUCAAAUGUGAGGUGUGUGACAGAUCGUUUGCAAGAUCAUCAACACUCCGCACCCACCAACGCAUUCACACUGGGGAAAAACCGUUUAUGUGUGAAGUAUGUGACAAAUCCUUCUCGAGGUCCUCACAGCUUCUGCUACAUCAGAGGAUUCACACGGGAGAGAAACCCUUUAAAUGUGAGGUGUGUGACAAGGCUUUCACACUGGCAUCGACACUCGGGAAUCACCAGCACAGUCACAUUGGAGAGAAGCCAUUGAGGUGUGAUGUGUGAGAGAAAUCUUUCUUCAAGACGUCAGACCUGUAUGUACACCAGUGCAUUCACACAGACGAGAAACCAUUCAGGUGUAGUAUCUGUGACAAGGCUUUCACCUACUCCUCUGAUCUCCCAAAUCACCAGCGGAUCCAUGUAGGGGGAUAAAUCAUUCAAAUAUGAAGCACAUGACAAGUCAUUCUAUCACUCACUAACAGUCCGCAGACACCAGCGUAUUCACACAGGGGAGUAGAUGAUCAUAUCCUAGUGUUCUGCGAAUCCUCCUUUCGGGGAGGCAAUGGCCUAGUGGAAUUAUUGCUGGACAGUUAAUCCAGAAAUCUAGCUAAUGUUCUGGGGAGCUGUAUUUGAAACCCACCAUGGCAGAUGGUGGAAUUUGAAUUAAAACAAAAUCUGGAAUUAAGAGCCUAACAAUGACUACAAAUUCAGUGUUAAUUGUUUGGCAAACCUAUUUGGUUCACUAAAGUCCUUUGGAGAAGGAAAUUGCCAUCUUUACUGGGUCUGGCCAACAUGUGACUCUUACCUGCCCUUUAGGCAAUUAGGGAUGGACAAUAGAUAUUGGCCUAGCUAGCGACACCCUCAUCCCGUGAAUAAAUAAAAAAAAUUUUAAAAUGGUCAUUGCUCCAGAGGAUCCACGCAGGGCAGUUAUCUUCUGGUCUGAGAUUUGUGCUAAAGCAUUUGGAACAUCUUUGACCCAUCUGGGACACACAGGGUGAAACACAUCAACUGUGAUCUUUGUGAUAAGAUUUUCACCCAGUCUUCUAGUCACCUGAAGCAUCAGUGGAUCCAGAUUCUGGAGUGAAACCAUUCAGGUGUGAGGUGUGUGACAAGACUUUCACAAAGUCAGCGUAUCUCAUGGUCUAUCAAUGUACUCACACAGGGUAGAACCCUUAUUGGUCUAAGUUCUGUAAAAACCUUCACAUUGUUGCCAGACCCCCUAGAAUAUCAAUGAGACAAACCCUUCCAGUGAGACGUGUGUCAGGAUUAUUUUACCUUUUCCUGUCUCACCGUACACUGACAUCUCCAUAUGGAAUUGGAGCCAGGACACCUGAUUCCAUUGCACUGAGAGUUGUCUGUGUGGUUUACCUUCCAAUGAUGUUCCAAAUCACUGUCUGUCUUAGCAGCAUCUGUCUCAAACCUCUCCCAAAAUCAUUCCAAACGUUUGAAGAAGACCAAAUGUUUAGAAGCUCCCAUACAAACUCAGCUUCUUUUCAAUGCAGCAUUAGGUACAAGUCACUCACUGACUCUCACUCUGACCAAGAAGACAAUCAGUGACUCAGUGGUCACAAAGGCUUCAGCUUCUGAUCAACCAGCAUAAGGACCUGGGGAGGAGCCGUUCCUGGGGUAGUGAUUGAGGUACCUCGAUUAGCCUCAGUGUCUCUAGUCUAAGGGGGAGGAGAAUCAGCCAGGGAUCCUAUUCCUCAUCAAUGAGCCCAGCUGGGAAGUCAGGGGGAGGGCAGGAUGUGUCUCGGCUGUGACAGUCUCCUUUGUCUCACAACAUUCACUGGCUGGCUCUCCACAUGCUGAAUGGCCACUCGGAACAGAGCACUAGAGGCCAAUCAAUAUCCACUGUCUAUCCUACAGGUCUGUACUUUGAGGAUUGGAGGGAAUAUGAGAGGACAACAGUUGCAUUUGUGUAGCGCGAUUAUAGAGUAAAACACGUCAAAGUAUUUUAUAGAGACGUAAUGAGACAAAAAUUAACACUGAGACUGAGAAGGUAAUAUUAAGAGGAGAUUACAAAACUGUGGCUGAAGAAGUGGGAUUUAAGGAUCUUCCUGAAUAAGGAGACAGAGAUGAAGAUGCAGAAAGGGUUAAGAAAACAGCUUUAAAGCAUGGAUAUUGGAUGUCGUUGUUAAUGUUAAGGCUUGGAGGAGUGCAGAGACCUUGGAGGGAGAUUGGGCUGAAGGUGACAAUGAUUGGGAAGGGUGAGGCCAAGGAUUAAUUUGUACUUGAACAUGAGAAUUUUAAAUUAGAGGCACUGGGGGACUGGGAACAAGUGUCGGCCAGUGAGCACAGAGAUGAUAGGUGUGAGAGUUAGGACAGAGAGCAGAGAGUUUGAGCUGAGCUGAGCGUUAUGGAGAGUGGAAGAUGGGAAGCUGAUAGUAUUGAAAUGAGGAACAAAAACAGAAAUUGCUGGAAAAGCUCAGCAGUUCUGGCAGCAUCUGUGAGGAAGAAAUCAGAGUAUUGAAAUGGUCUAAUUGAGAAGCAGCAACAGCCUGGAUGAGGGUUUCAACAGGAGAUAGGGAGUAGUGUGGUGUUGGAAAUGGGUAAUGUCACAGAGAAAGUAGGUGAUCUUUGUAAUGAAGAGAGUGUGGUGCCAGUAACUCAGCUGGCAGUUGAAGAAACCAGCACUGACCAAUUGUUAUUGGAACUGAGGGUGGAGAGAAUAAUCGAGAAGAAUUUAAGGAAUAUAGAACUGGAUUAAUCCCUUGAGCCUGUUACACCAUUCAAUUAAAGCAUUUACUCUAUCUACCUGCCUUGACUCUGUAAACCUUGACCCCCUUUUUUAAGAAUAAGGCUGCAUUUGCUGACAUCAACAUAUAUACUUUAAACACUGUGUGUGCAUAAAACUGGAGGGAGGUUGGGUUUCCGGGAGGGGAGAGAUUGAGACCCGGGAGAAGAGGGAGAUUUGGACGGAGAAGCGCCGGCCAUUUAGGGCCCCCCUCCCCAACACUGGUCAGAUCUUUUUCUCCUCCCCUCCAACCUUGAGUAUGUUCUGCCCUCUGGCUCUUCCCAUUCCAACUCCUCUAGCUCUCUCUGCUAUCCCAGUGUCAACUCCUUCCACACCCAGCUUCUUGUGUCCCUAUUUCCCACCUUUCUCUGUCCUCAGAUCUGCCCUACUUCCUGAUCUGCCCUCCCCUGCUUCCAAUCCAUCCACCCCCCCCAGCACCGCAAUUUCCACUCUCCAGGGUCCUGAUCAAUUGUCCUGCCAUACUGUAGGUAAAGGUGAGAUAUGGGGAUACAGAUAGGUUGGGGGCUGAGCGAUGAUGGGGUCCUGGGAAGACAGUUGGCAUGGAGACCCUGGAGAGAACUGGAGGAAUGGUAUGGUGGUGGUUGGGCAGGAAGAAAUCUGGGGUGGAAAGAGGUUGGGGGGGUGUGGGUGGAGAAUGUGAGAAGCGCCUUUGAUUUCCCUCAGCCCACCGGUCCGCUCUGGAACCGUGUGCACAUGCGUUUUCAAAGUCUGCAAUGCAGUGUCAGUAAACAUUGCCUGACAAUAAACUGAAUAAUUUCAGUUUUGAAACUUCCAAUUGUCUCCCAGCCUCCACUAAUUUUUGUGGUCAGAGAGUUCCAGAUCUCUAGUCCCAUUUUAAGACCAUAAGAAAUAGAAACAGGAGCUGCCUGAUUGGCCUUUCAGUCGGAUCAUGGGUAUUCUGACAUCCACUUUCCUACCCUUUCCCUGUAACUCUUGAUAAGGAAUCUAUGUAUUUCAGCCUUAAAUAUAUACAAGGACUCUGCCCCUGCAGCUCUCAGUGAUAAAGACUUCCAAAGAUUCACAACAUACUAAGAGUCUUAAACUGACACCCCUGUCUUCUGACAAUCUGCCCUCUGCUCCUAGGCAUGCCCGUUAAGGGAGACAUCCUCUCGACAUCUUUCCUGUCAACUCCCAUAAGAAUCAAUGUGCUUCAGUAAGAUCACCUGUUAUUCUUCUAAACUCCAGUGGGUCCCAACCUGUUCAGCCUUUUUGUGAAGAAGUAUUUACUGACAUCAUCCCUGAACAACCUAGCUCUAAUUUCAAUGUUCCAACCCUUUUUUUAGAUUCCACCCCCCCCCCACCCCCAAACAGAGGAAUACUUCUGUCAGUGGUAUUCUGAGAGAUUUUCCCUGAUGUGACAGUGAGUGUGUGUGUUUUCGUCACAUGAGCCAGCUGUCUUGAACAGGUCUGGGGUAGAAUCAGACCUUGAAGAGGCUCUUGUGUUGCAGUGAUAAUGUCCCUAUCUCUGAGCCAGGAAACUGGCAUUUAAGUAAUAGCAUCUCUGAACAGAUUGAUUUGAAAAUCUGUUUCAGGGAAUGUUUGUACUGUGUUGUCUGGGAGGAUGGCUAUCCUCUUGUGAGGGAGUGGGAGUGAAUCUUUAUAGAUCUGAGUUCUGCCUUAUACUUUUUCCAAGAUUCGUUACAUGUUGACAGGUUGGAAAAGAGCUUGAGUUAUUGUUUUGUUAUUUUGGUGUAAGCUGAACAAUGUGAUUGUUGCUUGUGUUCUUUCAAUCUUCUGCAUUGGUUUAUUGUAAAUCUCAUUUAAAAAGAAACUACCUGAUCUGCAACCUGGAAUGUUCCUAUUCACUGAAACAUUCAGGAUCCUACAGUAAGUGUCCUUAGACGAUUUAUUGGUCAAUGUCACUGUGGACUGAGACAUUUUCUUCAUCAAUGGGUUUAUAACUUCUAGUUCACAGCAUCAUGUUUGCUCAAGAUACAAAGACUUCCAUUUAAAUAUCAACUUUCAUAAAUUCAAGAUGUCUGCAAGCACUCUCCAGGCAAUAAAAUACUUUCAAUAGUGUCUUGCAGGAAUAUAGGAAAUGUGUCAGCCAGUGUGUGCAUAGUAAGAUCCCCAUUUCAGCAACGUGAUAAUGACCAGAUAAUCUAAUUUUGUGAAUGACUGCGGAAUGUAUAUUCACUAAGAUAUUAAGGAUUACUCUGCUACUUUGCUUCAAUAGCAUCAUGGGAUCUUUUACAUUCACCACAGCGUGAAUGGAGAUUUGGAUUCUGAAAGAUGGUACCCCACAUAGUGGAACAUUCCUUCAAGUGUGAGCCUCAGCGUUCAGGUCACUGGAGUGAGGCUUGAAGCCACAACACAAGUCAGAAACGAGAUUGAUUAGUGAGCCACGUCCA